UGUUAGGCAGGUGGGUCAUCCAUAGUAAAUGUGUUAUUUGUCCUUAUUGUUCAGGUUUAAUUAAUAUGUCAUAAAGGCAAUGCUUGCAAUGCUUCAAUGUUAUAGGUUUACUGACACUGUUACAAAUACUAUAUUUUAUUUAUUUUUCCAUGUGCGACCUUCUCAUGUGCAAAUUUGCCAGAUGCAACACACGUUUAAAUUAAAUUAUUCUUAUUCAUAUGAUCUGCUAUGUAUAAGUAUGACUUCAAUCAGUUAAAUCUCCACAUCUAAAUCAACAGAGAAAAUUUCUAUAUGAUUUAAUUUGUUGUACAGACUGUAAGGUGAUCAAAAAGACACAUAAGUUAGGAAAACGUGGUCUGAAAAUUGUCUGGAGAGAGGCAACAACAUCUAACAUUUGUGACAUAUAAACUUAGACAAAGAAUGAUGAAUCAGAGCUACUCCAGUAACUAAAUUAUGCUUGAAGUGAUUUAAACAUGGGGCCUGAAAAGUCACAAGUUCUAAUGUGCAUACAGCAAGUCUGUGCAUUCAUCCUGAAACCAUGAACCAAGUAAAUGCAUCAAAUCUGGCAGAUAGCACCAUAAUCAUGUCUUAUAAAAUCAACUUGAUCACCAAAUGCAUGUUUCUAUAGCUGUACAAAUAAUGAGUUGUUGUUGAAAUUCAGCUCUUCAUGCUGGUUGUUUUGGAAAACUAAAACAUCUUUAAAACCAUUUAAAAAUCUCAAUUAUUACUCUGAUUAAAUUACAUAUUUGGUCAAAUGACUUGCCUAAGACUUGACAAUAAAGGUUUAAGACUACGACUCCACUCAAGACUUGCACGCCUCGACUUUGGACAUGAAGUGGAAUUCUCGUUCCUUUACUUGGGACUUGACUAGAGACUUGGAUGGAAAGAGUUGUGACUUGCAAUACAAUGGCUUGAUCCUUGGACUUGGCCAGAACUCAAUAAGAUAGUUCCACACUGAACAGCAAGAGACUGAAGGAGACUUAAGGGGCGGGGCACAAAUCAGGACAAAUACAAGUCAGGACGGACUCCUUUGCACCUUUUCUGAGGGAUAAUCAACACUGGAGUGACAAGAUAUCUUGAAUGAUGUGCCAAGUACAGGACCUGUGAACAGAUGGGAGCAGUAACAUAAAGUCAACUGGAAGGACCAUUUUAACGGUCGGUUUUAAGGUCGAGGGCUUCCCUGGUAUUGUCCUCGAUCUUCUCACGGCAAGAAAAUAAAGCAUAGAAAUGAGGCAUGUUGUAGGUACCAGAUCUUUUGGAUAAGAAAUUCCACCCUUCAGAGGCACAGACUUCCAGCAAACUUCCAGCAAACUUCAAACUAGGAUCUGAAUGGACCCAAACUGGUACCUUAAAAAAUAGUAUGGGUUCUUGGAAUGCUGCAUCAUUUUCAAGUAACCAUGAGAAUGGCCUUUUGACUGAGUUUAGAGGGAAGAGUGAGGCUGCAGUCUGCUUUUUCUAUGCUUGGAUUUUGCAUGUUUCCACUGAUAUUUUCACGUUUUAUCUUGGGAGAUCCAAGUCUUAACGUUUGGAAGGCCUCUUUGCCAUCACCCUAAUCUUUAACUCCUUAAAACAUUCAUCACGGAUACUCUGAUUGGGCCGCUCCAAAACGUCAAAAUUACUUCCAUUCAAAAUAAACAUGUUGGUAAAAUAAAGAAAACUAUUUUAAGGCUAAAUCUGCAAGGUUAUGAAUAAUUCUGUGUUUAACUGUAUAUUAAUCGGCUUUCAAAAGUUACGUUAAAAUCCACUCUGUCCCCGCUGCAGUUUGUUACCAUGGAGAGCUCCAACACCCUAAAGACAAUGAGAAGUGCGUGAACAGCAUGCUGCAGAAAAUAAUAAAUAGAUUUAUGCGCAAAUGUCACAUUUAAUACAGUUACAGCUCGCGCGGGUGAAUUCAUUAUUACACCAUAUGUUAAUGCAGCUGCUUUUGUGUAUUUCUGGGAGUCUAUGUGAGUGUGUGCGGAAGUGGGAGGGGGCAUGGGGUCUCUCCCUCUCCUUUCUUUCUUUCUUUCUUACUUUCUUUCUUGCUUUCUUUCUUUCUUUCUCCGCGUAUUCGCGCUUUGAAGUAAACCAACAACUGCUGUCCUGGAGUCAGCGGGAGUGAAGCCUUGUGCAUGGUAGGUGGGUCGCAGGAAGCUUGCGGUGUAUUGUUUCCUCUUCUGCAGCUUGAUGCAGGCGAGGAAGAGCAAGUCCCGGUGAUCUGGAUGGGUGAUGGGAGGUCGCUCUGAACUUGUACCGAUCCCAAUUUACCGUUCAACCGAAGAGCACGGCGGUGCCAGGGAACAAGGAAGGGACAUUAUUCUGCAAGCAUGGGAAUAUUUCGAUGUUAAACCGGUUAUUAUCUGAUCUAAAAGAAAGAAAAGGGACGCAUGAGGAGGAGAGUGCAGCCGGGAGACGCGGGUCUGUUCCUCAUCUGGAGAUCGGUGGAAGCGACCAAAACACAUGGAUAAAGAUGUUGCCUGCAGGAGCGGGCUGUUGAUGAACAUCGCACCUCGGGUCGUGCAAAAACAGAAGUGUGAAAUCACAGAUGGAUCCACCGUGUGAUGGAAUUGGGAAAACCGAGUCCAAUGACCCAUCUGAAAACCCUCGGCCCCCUCCAGCAAAGAUAGCUCGACUGGAGCAAAACAAGAUGGGACCCUCAACCCCAGAAAGGGCGAGACAAGGGAGUCCUGUGCCCAAAAGUCCCUGCCCAACCCAGAAACCUACUACAGCAAGCUGGCAUUCCAAAGGAACCCUGCUGCCUGUGUUCUGUGUGGUAGAGCAUCAGGAAAGUUCUUUGGAAGUAGAGGGAAGAGAUGAGCAUGCUGAGUUUGUGUUGGUCAAACGAGAUCUGCUGUUUAAUCAACUGACAGAAAUGGCCCUGCUGACGCUGGGAUACUCCCACAGCUCUGCAGCCCAGGCUAAAGGCCUGAUCCAGGUCGGCAGGUGGAACCCAGUGCCUCUGUCCUCUGUGACGGAUACUCCUGAUGCUACAGUGGCUGAUAUGCUGCAUGAUGUUCACCAUGUUGUCACACUGAAGAUACAGCUUAACAGUUGUCCCAAAUUGGAAGACUUGCCAGCUGAGCAGUGGAGUAUCUCCAAUGUGAGAAAUGCUCUGAAAGAGCUUCUUAAGGACAUGAAUCAGAGUUCCCUGGCCAAAGAGUGUCCUCUUUCCCAGGGAAUGAUUUCAUCGGUUGUAAAUAGCACUUACUAUGCAAAUGUCUCGGCUGCCAAGUGUCAUGAGUUUGGUCGAUGGUACAAGCACUUCAAAAGGUCCAAAUGCCACAAAGAAUUAGACAGCUUUUCUGAGCAGUCCGCAGACAUUACCCACACCCAGCAACCAAUCCAAGGCAACUCAGUGGAUCAGAACUCAAACCUUCUUUUCCCUCAUGGAGCAGUUGCCAACAUCUGUGGUCGGCCAUCGCUUGGUCUUUGCCCUCCUGGGUUGGUCCCCCAGCCUCUCAGCUCUCAAAUGGUGAACCAGCAGCUGAUGAUGACCCAGUUUCUUAACCAGCAGUAUGCCGUUACUCGCAUGCUAGCUGGCCAGGCUCUCUCCUCUUCACCACAGCAGUAUCUCAACCACCCCCCUGUGGGAAGGCCUCCUGCCAAGGCCUUUUCUAUGGCUCCUGAUUCUCAAGCAUCACAGCAGGCACACUGUGGUCCGGUGGGAUGUCCAGCAUCAAUGGCACAAAAUCAAAGUGGGGCUACAGCAUCUUCAGUCGCACCGACAGACGUACCGAGUGACAUCUACCACAGUGUACGAGAGGAGCUGAGAAGAGCGGGCAUCUCCCAAGCCAUCUUUGCCCGAGUGGCUUUUAACAGAACCCAGGGUUUACUCUCAGAGAUCCUGCGGAAGGAGGAGGAUCUAAAACAUGCCUCCCAGUCUCUGCUGGUCAACCUACGGGCCAUGAACAGUUUUCUGCAGCUUCCCGAGGCUGAGAGAGAGCGCAUGUACCAGGAGGAGAAGGAGAGGAGCAUGACCGGCUUCCCACCCAGCUGUAACAACACACCCCCAAGAUCCACGCAGGCGAGGCUAUCACCAGUUACAGCUGACAGAGGCUUGAGGACUGACAGUUGUGUCCUUAAUGUCAAUGCCUCUAUUUAUGAGGAAAUCCAGCACGAGAUGAAGAGGGCCAAAGUGUCCCAAGCUCUUUUUGCAAAGGUUUCCGUCUCCAAAAGUCAGGGCUGGCUGUGUGAGCUUCUGCGGUGGAAGGAAGAUCCGUGCCCAGAGAACCGCACGUUGUGGGAGAACCUGUGCAUGAUCCGUCGAUUCCUCAGCCUGUCCCAGAUUGAGCGGGAUGCCAUCUAUGAGCAGGAGAGUGGCAGUGUGACUUCACAGUACUGUGCUGACAGGUUCACAGUACUCAACAAUGACAGCGUACUGCACCAACGCAACUUAAUGAUGUCUCAGCAACACCAUCUUCAACCCCAUCACCCGCUUCAGCCUGAGCCAGGGCUUGACCUAUCUCCACCCCAACCAUGCACUGCAUCACCUGCUGAGUCUGAGGCUGGGGGUGCCUGGGGGCGCUUCAGAGCAAAUUUGCAGAGCAGACCCUGCUGGGAUGAUGAAAGGGGAGACAGUCCGGAAUGGGUUGAUGGGGAAAAAGAAAACGCUAAUAAUCUAUUUGUAGAAUGGGGUAUUACUGGAAGAGCGGGGUUCAUUGGUAGAGAAAGUGAUGUUCAAAAAAGGGAUGGGAACAUAGAGCUGAGAGGCCAAGAUGACAUCAGUCAAAACAGCCAAUGUGAAAAUGUAAGGAAUAACGUGUUUGUGAAUAGGUCUACUGUCAAGAUUGAGAACAACAGCAGAGUUGGGGUUUGUUCAGAGACAGAUAAUCAAACAAUAGCUAAACAAGACGUCCAAGGUGAUAGGUUAAAGCUGUCUAAUGAUGCUCUGGGAAUCCUGCAGAGCUUUAUCCGGGAUGUUGGCCUCUACCCGGACGAGGAGGCGAUCCACACACUCUCUGUCCAGCUGGGUUUACCCAAAGACACAAUCCAGGGCUUCUUCAGCAGCCAGGACUUAGAGCAAAGCCAAGACAACAGCCAGAGUGCAAUGCACAGGCAUGACAACCAGCAAGUCUGUUCAAAUCCAGACCUCUACGAGCCAGAUUUAACCACACAGGAUCCUGAGGUCACUGUAAAGGCAGAACAGAAAGAAACUAGGGUGGAGAAAAUUGUUAGAGACACAACAAUUGAGGUUCCUAUUUCAAUGGAAUCAGAUGUUGCCACGCAAACCCUUCCCCCAAUUAAAGAGGAGCAGGACAGUUACAUCUAAGACUAACACAUUCAGAACAUGGUUAGAACAAGCAAUAUUUUCACUGUGAGCUCCUACCAGAAGGUUUUUUCCUCUCCUAUCAAAUUCAACGUUGAUCUAAUACAACUUAGUCAGUCCUGCAUAUUCUUCCAAUGCAGGUGACUGUGUUUUGAGGCAGGGUAAUAAGCAUCUGCUGUUAAACACAAUGGUAGAAUAUACCUCUGACUGUAUAAGGUAUCAUUUCAAAAACUAAGAACCUAAGACCCUUUCAUGCAUGAACAUGUCUGGAAAGUGCAUGUGCAGAGAUGUGUGUCUGAAUAUUCUUUACAGUUAUUUGGUGAAACAUGCACUGUACAUCUGGAUAUUCUUUUCUUGCAGAGGGCUUAAACAACAAAUACCCCAGAGUUGAUAGUAAGCAUUUACUGUGGGGCAUUGAAACAUGUUAAAAAAGCUCUGCUGUGUUUAUACAUGUUUUUUCGGUUACAAUUUGUAGUGUUAUUGAUGCAGCAGUUGGAUAAAUCCGCACUACAAGAUGUCAAAAAAAAAAGCUGUGAAUACUUUUCUGUUCUUGCACUUUCCUGAAGUAUUUUAGGACUGUAGUUCGUUUUUAGAAACUACUUCCAAAUUAUGUACAGUCAUGGUUAAAGCCAAGCAUUGCCUCUUUUAGUUCUAAGGUUUCAUGCCUCAAUGUAGUAAAACGUAUUGUGGUCUUCGCCUAUCAAGGACCAAAAUGUCUGUAUUCAAUACAUAAAUAAGUAGUCGCAAAAAUAUUUGUUUAUGUGGGACUAUAUACAAUAAAUAAAUAAAUGACUCAUCAAUUAACCCAUCAAAGUCAGUGUUUGAAGCUGACUCCACUUAAACACAAGGUGAUUAGUCGUCAGUUGAGUUGCUGUGCAGGUUGUCCUUAGUGCCAUAGUGGCUGUUUAAACAAUUGAAUGAUGGACAUUGGUGCAGGAAAUAUAAAAUAAAUAAAUACUGAAAAAACAUUAGGUAUGGCUUUUACAUAAAAUCCAUUUCAGGUUUAAUAUGCGAUUUGCAACAAUUCAUUUUCUGUUUAAUUAAUUACUGAAAAACCUAUAUGUUUUUUAUUUAUUUCUGUAAUUAUCCAUUACAAGUAUAUAUAAAGUAUCUUACAUGUAUUUUUUUUAUUUUAUAAAUUAUUUAUUUAUUAGUGAGUAGGACUUGUGGUCUUAGAUAUUCACCAGGUCUUUAAACAAAGGACAAAUCAUUACUCAUGGUACGUCACAGUGUGAUGAUAUUUGUGGAGCAAUAGAUUACUUUAACGCUAAAAGUCAUAUCAGCAUUUAUUAAAAGUAUGAGUUUAUUCUUUGUGUCAGUCCAGAAACUCUAACAGAAAUUAAGAGUCAAAAAAGCAAACCAGAGAUAUUUUUGACUUAAAGUGACAACAACAACCACCUCCCUACCAUGCCAUCCUGUUAAAGUGUAAGGUUUGUAAUAGUGCAGAGUUUAAAGUAGGCUUGUUUAAAAGGGUUGCAAGGAAUAUCCUCUUCUCUUUAGAAAAAUGCCCCACGACUAUUGCAUCAACUUUCAGGUGUGACCAAAUUGGUUAGGUUGGACUACAACCAUCACAACCACCUCAUACCAAUUUAUUAGACAAGGGGUUGGGAGAAUCAUGAUUUGCACCUGAUUUGUAGCCACAUUAAAUCAGAAUUCAGGUCUUGUGUAAUUCAAGAGAACACUACAAGACCUCCGGAUCAAUGUUUAAAUGAGACCAAAAGGGAGAUGUUGCACUACAGUCAUCACAAGCAACACCUAACGCCUACUUUUCAAGCACGGAGGUGGGAGAGUCAGGAUUUGCACUUUUAUGGCAGCCACAUUUCAUUCAAAGUCCUGCGACAGAAUAUUUAAUAAUGAAAAGUGAAGCUGUCCAACACCUAAUGAAAUGUAAGAAAUGUAUAAAACAUAAAACAGUAUAGUUCUACACAUUAGUAAAUCAAGGUUUGUCACUAAAUAAUUAAUGAUAGUGUCAUGUUAGUAAACAGAAAAUGUAUUUGCUUAAUUAAUUUUAAUAAACAAGAGGUUUCUUUUCAUGUCAUAAAUGAAACCUUGGAGUGAUCUGGCUGGGAAAUUACAUUUCUUUUGUUAAUACAUUUAUUUAAGAAGUUCUGUGUUUUAUUUUGCAUCCCUAACACACUUGAGACAAAGUGUACUGUUGUUUGUGAGUCACGUGUGUAUAUCUGUUGAAUAAGGGAAACCAAUUCAACAAAUCUGAAGUUCCUAGUGUUUAAAAGGAGUAAUUGUAGCUAGUUUGUUGAGAAAUGUAUAGGGACCAAUAAUGCCUUUUUGAAAGUGGCACUGCCAUUCUAUGUGUUUGUCUUUGCUUCUUAAUUAUUUACUAUCACAGUGAAUAGUAUUAAAUUUAAAAUUACUUUUUGUGGGUUGGCUUUGGUUUGUCUAAUGUAUUCAAUAUUAUUCUUGUUCAUGUUUCUCUCGUAAUAUGUUAACUGACACAAUAAAAUCAAAGCAGACGUUAUCCAUGAGGUUGCAGAAUAAACAUUUUAUUAAAUAAAGAUGGUUGAACAUGUAUGAGUAAAUCAAUACAAAGCAAGCAUGAAAUUGUGCUGCAGUGUGUACUGACUGGUAGAAUUUAAAAAUUAUGUAAAAUAUCCUUCCUGAAUCCUUUCUGAUGGCCUCUUCCUCUUUUGUUGUGCAUUUUAAGGAACCUGUUUGCUUGUGAACACAUUGUAGUAUUUAUAUCCAUGCACGAAUUUACAAGUCUUUCAAAUUAGGUAGUAACUAGGGCAAAAGCCUUGUUUUACAAUUUUUAACAGAGGUCAUUUAGUUGAUUGUGAAUAAAUGACAAUUACUGAGACUAAAGGUGAAAGGAGAAUAAAUGUUUUUGUUUAACUCAUUCAUUGUUCAAAGCUAAAGACAUGCUGCGUGCAAGACUUAUGUAAAGUUGAAGAUUCAUAUAGUAAAGUUUAUUCAUUAUGAUCUCGUUGGCCUGAUUUAAAUGAAUGUUUUGUUGGUAACACUCUUUUGCGUCAAUAGCUAGUGGAAUAGAAAGCAGAAAUUGUUCAUACUUUUUCAAAGUCUACGGUCAAUUUAUAUGUUUGCCUAUAAAUUAAGGUUCAUAACAUUAUAGAGCGUCGGUAGAUUUAUUUCAUAAAUUUGAUGCUAUCCCUGGUAAU